AUGCAGAGUGACCAGUUCCCAUUCGACGCUCUUGCAUUAUGGGGACAGGACCGACUGGUACUUUGGAACAGGCGUCCCUUUUCACUCCUACCGCCAGAGGGUCUCUCCGAGGGCUCCGAGCUACAUUCUUUAGACCCGCGUCCUUUGGAUCCAGAACUUCUUGAGAUUGAUCGCCAGAUAGCGUCUCUUGAGAAGACUCUGGCAGACCUCCGCUUGCGCAAGGAGCACUGGCUCGGCGCGCGCUCGCUUGUCAGGCGACUUCCGCCCGAGAUCUUGCAGCGUACAUUCGAACUUGCCGUUCACGAGAGCCCGGGACUUCUAGCCCAGCUAUCGCUCGUGUCACGGGGGUGGAGAUCUCUCGUCCUGGCUACGCCCGUACUCUGGACAUACAUAAACCUCAAUCUGGAUGAUGAUUCAGAACCGGACGCAGAGGUGCAUUCUCGCCUUCUGCGCAAGCUUUCGACGACAUUACAACGAUCGGGCAACUGCAAACUCCAUAUCGAUCUCGACGCUUUCUCGCACGGAUCGCGCGAUGCGUUCAGGGAAAUAAUGGACCUACUCACGCCUCAUCUUGCGCGGGCGUACUUCUUCCACGUCUCUGUACCCAACUGGGACUGGAUGCGCGACAUUGCCAAGCAUGCUACGGCCCUGGGACCAAUGCUCGAGCACGUCCAUCUCGGAGGCAUUCCACCCAGGAUGAUAGGCGAGCAGGAGGAGGAGCCAUGUGUAGUCAUUACGCAUGACUGCCCGCGGCUACGCUACGCAGUACUUGAGAACGUACCUCCACGCGCCCUGCGCGUGUCGCCGCUCAAACUUUGUGUUCUUCACGUCAUCCUUGACCAGCGCCGCAACACUGGCGUUCGUCCGUUGGUCGAUAUCAACGAACUCCUUGCUCUGACAAGUGGGGCAGACGAGCUCCGCAGACUACGACUACAGAGGUUGCGAUUCGUGUUGACCAGACCGGUGGAGGUUUUCAAAAUCAGCAGAACUCGCACGCAUUGCAUCCGCAUGCUGUCACUACACGACGUCGACAGUGCGAGUAUUGCGGUUCUUCUGGACUCGGGCAAUUUCCCUGCCCUCGUACACCUCUCUGUAGACGUCGGCUUCGAUGUCGAAGGCUCGCACUACUGGCUGGCAAUUCUCGGCGGGGCCGUAGUUGUCGUUUCACUAAUCAUGGAGCCUGUUCAACAGGGCAACUCACUGUUACUGGAUCCAGGCUAA